GCUGUGGGGCGGGCUGGCGGGCGCUGCGGCGACCGCGGCUGCUGCUUCCUCGGGCCAUUUUGCUGAGGAGCGAAGGGGAGGAGGAGCCGCCGAGGAGACUCAAGGCGAGGAGCGGCGAGCCGGAGGAGGCGGCGACCGCGCGGGCACGGGCUUUCCUCGGUCGCGGGGAUCUCGAGGGGCGAAGGGAUCGCCUGGGAGGGGGACCGGAGAGCCGCGCCUGCCGCGCGGCGCGCCCCUUCCCGCCCCCUGCACCAUGAGCUGGGGCACCGAGCUCUGGGAUCAAUUUGACAACUUAGAAAAACACACACAGUGGGGAAUUGAUAUUCUUGAGAAAUACAUCAAAUUUGUAAAGGAAAGGACAGAGAUUGAACUCAGCUAUGCAAAACAACUCAGGAACCUUUCGAAGAAAUACCAACCUAAAAAGAACUCGAAGGAGGAAGAAGAAUACAGGUAUACAGCAUGUAAAGCCUUCCUUUCCACCCUGAAUGAGAUGAACGAUUAUGCUGGACAGCAUGAAGUCAUCUCCGAGAAUAUGACCUCCCAGAUCACCGUGGAGUUAGCACGCUACGUCCAGGAAUUGAAGCAGGAGAGGAAAUCGCACUUUCACGACGGACGGAAGGCACAGCAGCACAUAGAGACUUGCUGGAAGCAACUAGAAUCAAGUAAAAGACGUUUUGAGCGGGAUUGCAAAGAGGCUGACCGAGCCCAGCAGUACUUUGAGAAAAUGGAUGCUGACAUAAAUGUUACAAAAGCAGAUGUUGAAAAGGCACGACAACAAGCUCAAAUGCGUCACCAAAUGGCAGAGGACAGCAAAGCAGAUUACUCAUCAAUUCUUCAGAAAUUCAACCACGAGCAGCAUGAAUAUUACCAUACUCACAUUCCCAAUAUCUUUCAGAAAAUACAAGAGAUGGAGGAGAGGAGGAUAGUGAGAAUUGGAGAAUCAGUGAAGACGUAUGCAGAGCUGGAUCGGCAGGUGAUUCCAAUCAUCGGGAAGUGCUUGGAUGGAAUAGUAAAGGCAGCCGAGUCAAUUGAUCCGAAAAAUGAUUCACAGCUGGCCAUAGAAGCUUAUAAGUCUGGUUUUGAGCCGCCUGGAGACAUUGAAUUUGAGGAUUACACUCAGCCGAUGAAGCGCACUGUGUCAGAUAACAGCCUUUCAAAUUCCAGAGGAGAAAGCAAAUCAGAGCUCAAAUUUGGUGGCAAAUCCAAAGGAAAGUUAUGGCCGUUCAUCAAAAAAAAUAAGCUUAUGUCCCUUUUAACAUCCCCCCAUCAGCCUCCCCCACCUCCCCCUGCCUCUGCCUCACCCUCUGCUGUUCCCAACGGCCCCCAGUCUCCCAAGCAGCAAAAGGAACCCCUCUCCCAUCGCUUCAACGAGUUCAUGACCUCCAAACCCAAAAUCCACUGCUUCAGGAGUCUAAAGCGUGGGCUUUCUCUCAAGCUGGGUGCGACUCCAGAAGAUUUCAGCAACCUCCCACCUGAACAGAGAAGGAAAAAGCUACAACAGAAAGUCGAUGAAUUAAAUAAAGAAAUUCAAAAGGAGAUGGAUCAAAGAGAUGCCAUCACAAAAAUGAAAGAUGUCUACCUAAAGAAUCCGCAAAUGGGAGACCCCGCCAGUUUGGAUCACAAAUUAGCAGAAGUCAGCCAAAAUAUAGAAAAACUGAGACUGGAGGCCCAGAAAUUUGAGGCCUGGCUGGCCGAGGUUGAAGGCAGACUCCCAGCACGCAGCGAACAGGCCCGUCGGCAGAGUGGCAUGUACGAUGUGCAGAACCCCCCGGCCGUCAACAGCUGUGCACAGGAUCGGGAGAGCAGCCCGGAUGGCAGUUACACGGAGGAGCAGAGUCAGGAGAGUGAGGUCAAGGUGCUGGCCACGGAUUUCGACGAUGAGUUUGAUGAUGAGGAGUCCCUCCCUGCCAUAGGGACGUGUAAAGCUCUCUACACGUUCGAAGGUCAGAACGAAGGAACCAUUUCAGUAGUUGAAGGAGAAACAGUGUACGUUAUAGAGGAAGACAAAGGCGACGGGUGGACCCGCAUCCGGAGAAAUGAAGAUGAAGAGGGUUAUGUCCCCACUUCGUACGUCGAAGUCUAUUUGGACAAAAAUGCCAAAGGUGCUAAGACUUAUAUUUAAUACAACUUAAAAAAAACCAAAAACACAAAAAACUUUAAAACAUUGGAGUUGUUUCUCCCACAACUAUGACUGUUACAGGCAGUUCUUCAAAAGACUGAAUGGGGAGCGUCGCAGUUUCCUUUAGGGACGAGGUGGACUUUCAGGCAUCUUACACCUGAAUUUCCUGGGCUGGUUUUGACGAUAAUCAAGUUUCACUUGCUAAUGACAUUUCACUUGGAAAGCCGCCAGCUGCCAAUUUACAACUGUGUCCUUUGAAAUCCGAUAAACAUUUCUUCUUGGGCAGCAUCUGUAGAUAACCAAAAAGUUGCCUUCUAGCUUCUAAUCCGUAUUUCUGAAUCUAAAAGUCCAUGCACAUCCUAGGGGUGCAGAAGACUUCAGUUCUUUUAUUUAUAUGUAGUAUCUGCCAGAAAUUGAACUACCUUAGAAUGUUACAUUUUGUAACUUCAUAAACUGAACUACGCUAGUUUGUUAAAUUUUACAGUCAUUCACUUCGAAGGAAGUCAUCAAUGAAGUACAGAAUAAGUAAAGAAUAAGAUUGGUACCAAAAGUGUGUAUAUUUCCUUAAACAUGUUUAAGAUAAUUGUUAGAUCACCGUGUUUUCAGGUUAUGUCUAUAUGAUCCUAAACAACCAAUUGAAAUAUGGAAAACUUUGGUCGACCAACCAGUUGAUUUUUACGUAUGACUACUGAUCUUCCUUCCUUCUGCCAAUUGACAGAGUUGAUCAGAUGUGCUAGUGUUGUUUAGAUAAACUUACAUAAAAACAGCGCACUUCAUUCUGUUCUGUCGGAGGUUUUGUGGGAAGUGGAGCUGUAUUCCGCUCAUACCUGCCCAGGUGGGGCUGUGAAUAGACCCUUGUAAGCAACUGCUUCUACACACAGACCCCAGCACAUCACUUUUCAAGGGUUUUUUGGUUUGUUUUUUAAUCAUUGGCAUCCUUAAGACCCAAAGUGUGAAUUUACUGAAAACUGUUUUAGAAUUUCUAGCUCGUUUUAUGUUUCACCAUCUUAAAAGAAUCUGGGUCACAUGGGGAUCUGCAUUUUUAAAUUGGCAGGAUAGGUAGUGAAAUGGGUGACAUGCCCAAUGGCUGUGCUCAUUUCUAGAAUCUUCCCUGAGAUCACAGAAAACCAGCUAAAAGUGAGUCAGAAUAACAGAAAACCAGCUAAAAGUGAGUCAGAAUAAAGGUAUGGGGUUGAGAUUCUCUUUUUAUUUGGCUUUGAAAAUUAUUUAUUCAUGUCCUUCCUACUCUUAAAUAGGAAAUUAGCUCCUUGCUUCUACACUGUGGGCUCCUUUUAGAAUGUCAGAUCAAUUUAAAGCUGAUUUUAAAACUGACAGCAGCACAUCAAGGGUCUACGAGCUGGCAGGAGGCAUGGGUGACUGGUGCAGAAUGUAGCAGAAAGCUCUCUUACAUUUCCCAAGGGCCGCCAAGAUGGAAUUUAGUAACCUUACUUAAUGACUGUCUGAUUUUUAAAACACUUUUUAUUUUUAAAUGAUUAUAGAUUCUCAGGAAGUUGCAAAGAUAGUACAGAAAGAUCCCCUACAUCCAGCUUCCCCCAGUGGUUACAUCUGACACAAUUGUGGUCCAAUAUCAAAAGUGGGAAACCGACCCUGGCCAGCCUGAUUUUUUAAAAAAUAUAAUUUUGUAAUUCAGAUUUCUUUUGCUUUAUUAUACCUUUGCUGCCGUAAUGUCAAUAAAGCCACUCACCCUGACCCCAGACCUCUCAGGAGAAUCAUUUCAGUUCUUCCUUUUAACUACUGCAGCGAGAAAAUCAGCUGACCAUGGGGAUUUAACGAGCAGUAGGGGGGUCACAGCUUUGGGCAGGUAACCAAGUGACUCCCUAAGAUAUUAAAACCUAACCUUUCUAUCCUGUGAUGAACUCAUUUCCAGACUGUGAAUUAUUGGAGACAGCAAACUAAGCACUGAAAAUGUCUUAAAAUGAGGCAUAACAUUAGUCUUUUAAAAGCCUGACUUGAAAAGUAUGGCAUUCCACGAAGUUGGUUGGUGUUGUUUCUUUUGUUUUUCCCCUCCUCUUUAGAGUUGUGCAAAUCUGAUUCAGGAAAUAGCUCAGCUGGCUUUCGGGGAUGGGAGGGGCGAUUUGGGCACAUAAAUUAUGAUCAUUAUUUUAGGUUGUAUGCCUCAGUACCUUUACCAGAUGAAUCUAUGUACUAGUGACUCAACAGUGAAGAUAUUUUGUAGUUUCAGGUCCAUCUAGUCAAUGCGCAGAGGAUUAGCAAAAGUCUUGAUUCCCAGAGAGUCACAAAUUUCCAUUUCCACCCAAAGUAUACUUUGUGUUCUUCCAACAGUUAUCUGUUAAAAUAAAAGUAGCAAAGUCUCAGCUUGUGUAUAAAGUUUUCUCCUUUUGUUUAGAGAUACACUUAGAGGUUAAUAAUGUAUGUCGAAGCCUUCCUUCCCUGCCGUGUUUAUAAAUCUGUUCAGCCUGCUGCAUAAACACUGCCCUCCCCUUAAGCCCAUCCCAGGUGGGCGGGGCUGCUGCUUUCCGAUGCCCAUAACUCAACAGGAGUUGUUUUAUUGUCAGUAAUGCCAGUGCACUUUUGUGUGUGUGUGGUGUCUACCAUGUGACUAUUUAAUAAUUGCCAAAAUAGUUAGACUAGAGUAAGUUCCAACUGGUCAACUGAAUUGUGACUGUCCUCUUUCAUGGUUUUGUUUUUGUUUUUUUUAAUUGCUCUCUGUGAAACAUGUCCAUAACCGCCCCCCCGCCCCAAUAGAUUUGUAUAUACUGCAAUAGAAAAACUAAAAAGAUUACUUGAAUUCGUUGUUUUAAUGUUUUACUCUUUUAUCUGUUUGUUUUAUUGGUGAUUCUGAUGCCUAAUGACCUUUUUGUUUUUGUAACCGCUGGGGGAGCCGGAAGGACGGUUACACUGGUAGCUAGGCCCCCUGCCGGCUGAUCCACACUUGAGUUUAUUGUAGACACUUGGGUUCUGAGUAAGUUUUGUUUGAAUAUGGCCAACAUGACUGUUUCUCUCUCUCCUUAUCCUACAAGAAAAGAAUCUGUCUGGCACCUUUUAGUUGUACCCUCGUAUCUGCCUCUCUAAUAAACGUUAUAUUUUUCUCA